UACGGGAUUGGGUCUCUUUCGUCAUUCUGCAGGGACAGACCCGCGUUGGCAGAAAUGCCCAAACGGGGAAUCCACUCCACAUUUUGUGUUUCGCAUCCGGUAGGGCGCUGUGUCAUCCCCCUCCGGUCGGCACCCCUACGUCCUGCGCUACAGUGGUUCGCGCUGCGCUGACACGGUGCGGGCUGCGCUCUCACCUGGGGCUGCAGUUCAGCUGUGCGUGAUGGAGAGGCUGGGUUGCAAUCAUCUGCUGUCCGGCGCCCAGCCGGGCAGGAGAGUUGCGCUCCUGUCCGCGGCUUGCGGGGCCGGCGCGGUCCUUCUGCUGCUGAAGCGCAGGUGGCACCGCGGCGAGAGGGAGCUGAUCGCAAACGCCAGAGCAAGGAGGGACAGGUCACUGAAGAGUGCCGAAGAAGCGGUGGAGCAGUUUAAAAAAGAGCACCCCGGGACUGAGAGUGCUGUCAUCCUGUCCCUGCCUCUGGAGGAGCUGCGCAGGAGGCUGAGGGAGAAAGAGCUGAGCCCCGAGGCCGUGCUGUACACCUACACGGAAAAGGCUCUGCAGGUGACCAGGACGGUGAACUGUGCUACUGCCAUCCUGCCGGAGAGUCGAGAGCAGCUGGCCCAGACGGAGCAGCACAGGGACGGCCUGCUCUACGGGGUUCCCGUCAGUAUCAAAGAUAACGUCGGGAUCAAGGGCCACGACUCCACGUGUGGGACCGUGCAGAAGCUGGAGCACCCCGAGGUGCAGGACAGCGUGGUGGUGCAGGUGUUGAAGAAGCAGGGGGCCAUUCCCUUCGUGAAAACCAACGUGCCCCAGGGGCUGCUGAACUAUGACUGCAGCAAUCCCAUAUUUGAGCAGACCCUGAACCCCUGUAACCUGCACAAGACCCCCGGGGGAUCUUCGGGGGGAGAGGGGGCGCUGAUCGGCGCCGGGGGCUCCAUCCUGGGCCUGGGGACGGACAUCGGGGGGAGUAUUCGCAUCCCAUCAUCCUUCUGUGGCAUCUGCGGCUUCAAACCCACCUCUGGCCGGCUCAGCGCGCGAGGUCUCGCCAGCUGCUGCUAUGGACAGAAGUCAGUCCUGUCAUCAGUGGGCCCGAUGGCCCGGGACACGGACAGCCUGGCGCUGUGCAUGAGGGCCUUGCUGUGUGACCACAUGUUCGCCCUGGACCCCACUGUCCCACCGCUGCCCUUCGACGAGCAGGUGUACGCGAGCUCCAGGCCCCUGCGGGUUGGCUACUAUGAGAACGAUGGUAAUCUCAUGCCUUCCCCCAGCAUGAGCAGAGCCCUCAGGGAGACCAAGGUGCUGCUGGAGGAAGCCGGCCACACCUUAGUUCCUUUCCUGCCUCCCCGUCUGGAUUCUGUCCUGAUGGAACUGGGGUUGAAGGGGCUUCUGGCGGACGGAGGCACCACGCUGCUCGACAACCUGAAAGGCGGCUGCAUCGACCCCACUCUCAGCCCGCAGACCACAGUUUACCGAAUGCCCCGGCUGCUGAAGAGAAUCCUGGCUGUCCUGCUCAAGCCCCUGUACCCUCGUAUGGCCGCUUCAUUCCUUGCGCUUAAUGGAUGCAGAUCUAUCCCAGAGCUCUGGAAGCAGCACAAAGCUGUGCAGGACUACCACCAGGAGUUCAUCGCCGAGUGGAGGAAACGCGAUCUGGACGUGCUCCUGUGUCCCGUCCUGGGUCCUGCGUACAACUUGGGAUACUGCGGAAAGCUGACCAGCGCUCUGAGCUACACUGCCUUCUACAAUCUCCUCAAUGCCCCUGCCGGGGUGGUGCCUGUGUCUGUGGUGAGCGAGGAAGACGAGGAAGAGCUCAAAGACUACAAGGGUAACUUCGGCGACCCCUGGGACAAGCUCUUCAAACAGGCCGUGACUGGCGGGCAGGGGCUCCCUGUCGGCGUGCAGUGUGUGGCCCUCCCUUGGCAAGACGAGCUGUGCCUGCGCUUCAUGAAAGAGGUGGAGACGCUUGUGAGGAACAAACAGGGGAAGUAGCUCCAUCAUGCUGUUACACGUUGGCCUUUUGCGAGCUCGUGAGUUAAAAGGCUACCGGUACAGAGUGUGUGAUGAAAUCUUCUGGAACGACUAUAAUCUGGUUGUUUUUGUAGUACGAUUACAGUUUCCAUUUAGACACAAAUAAAGUGGAAGGGUGUGAUUCUUUCUAGGGCAAACCCUGUGGCAUGGGUUGGGUUUAGGAUGUAUCGCUGAAUUAGGGAAAACUUUUAAGCUGAUGCAGCACUGUAAUGAAGCAAAAAAUAAAUGCAAACUAGAGAGUUUUUUUUUUUGUGCGUAAGGGAUUAUAAAUAAAUGUUUUUUUAGUUUGAUAUUUUUUAUUUUUUUAUUACCAAAAUGCCUGCAAAUCUGCCUCCUUACUUUUCCCCUGAAUUUGGAAGGAACUUUUCAACAGUGACAACUGUUUUUAAUAUUGGCUGGAGGAGACCUGUGCAGAAUGAAUGAAUGAAAAUAAUCUGCCGUUCAAGUGGCCCUGAUAUUUUAGAGAUGUACAGUAGUUCACUCGCAUUUUAGUUCAAUGGGAAUUUAAGAAUAAACCAUUUUACUGGCACUUUAACCUUUUACAUUUAAUCUGCUGAUAUGUUUGUUUGUUUUUAUUUUCCUAACCUGCUCUGUACUUUUUGGGUUAUGGAUAUAAUCAGUGGGGAAAAAGCCGAUACAUGCAUGAGCUGUUUUAUCCAAAAACCAGUCAUGUUUUUUGUUCAUUAUGGUUAAUUUGACAGUUUGUGCCUUGCUGCAGUCUGUGGUUUUAGCACUGUAGUUUAGAUUUGCCAGCAAAGUCCUAAUCUGACCGAUCCGUUCGGCCGCAGUCCUGGCCUGUUCACCUGCGCAGCCCCACAGACUGCUCUGGGAAGGAGCCUGUUCUUCUGGCUGCUGGGCUUUGUGGGUGACCUGUGGGUGACCUG